GAAAUGAAGAACCAAUCAAUAAUAGAGUUCAUUCUCUUAGGAUUGACAGAUGACCCAUACUUGAAAAUUGUGGUUUUUCUAUUUCUAUUUCUAAACUAUACAUUGAGCCUGAUGGGGAACUUUGUCAUUAUCCUUCUCACUCUGCUGGAUGCCCGCCUCAAGACACCAAUGUAUUUCUUCCUACGAAAUUUCUCCUUUUUGGAAAUCACAUUCACAACAGUGUGCAUUCCCAGGUUCUUGGUAACCAUUGUGACUGGAGACAAAACCAUUUCUUAUGACAGCUGUGCAGCACAGUUGUUCUUUAUCCUUUUAUUAGGAGUUACAGAGUUUUAUCUCCUUGCUGCCAUGUCUUAUGACCGCUAUGUUGCCAUCUGCAAACCACUGCACUACCCAAUUAUUAUGAACAGCAAAAUGUGCUACCAACUUGUGCUCAGCUCUUGGGCAACUGGAUUCUUAAUCAUCUUUCCCCCUUUGGCCAUGGGACUAAAGCUUCAUUUCUGUGCUUCCAACAUAAUUGACCACUUUAUGUGUGAAACUUCUCCUAUCCUGCAGAUCUCUUGCACAGAUACCCACAUCCUUGAAAUGAUGUCUUUUGUAUUGGCUGUGGUGACACUAGUAAUCACAUUGAUGCUAGUGAUUCUCUCUUACAGUUGUAUCAUUAAAACCAUUCUAAAAUUUCCUUCUGCACAGCAAAGGACCAAAGCUUUCUCCACCUGUACUUCCCACAUGAUUGUUGUCUCCAUGACAUAUGGUAGCUGUAUCUUUAUGUACAUAAAACCAUCUGCAAAAGAAAGAGUGACUGUCUCAAAAGGUGUAGCAUUGCUAUAUACUUCAAUUGCCCCUUUACUAAAUCCCUUCAUUUAUACUCUAAGGAACCAGCAGGUGAAAGAAGCCUUCCAUGAUGUACUACAGAAGAUUUUGUGUUUUCCAGAAAAUACAAUUUAA